AUGUUGAGUGCAAGUUGGAGGAAACAUGAGUUUGGUGGCACAUUGAAGAGAGGAGGUCAUAGUGCCAAUGUCAUCGGAUCAUUCAUUUACGUGUUUGGAGGAUGCACAUAUAUAGCAAAUAUAGAUUCUACAACGUUCACAUAUCAUAACUCAAUGUUGAUGUAUGACUUGGAGAAGAAUCAAUGGACGGUGAAGGAGCGAGGAAGUAAUGUUCCAAUGCCAAGAUACGCUCAUACAGCGACUGAUAUUGGUAAUAAUAGAUUGUUGAUCUUUGGUGGAUUCGAUGGACAUAGGUACUAUGAUGACGUCAACAUCUAUGAUACCGUGCACAAUACUUGGUCUCAGCCUCAGACACAUGGCAAUGCGCCCAGUCCCAGAUACGCACACAGCGCCACGAUGGUCGGCAAGCACCUCUAUGUGUUUGGUGGCCUUGGCGAGAACGCCUUCUACAACGAUAUGUACUGUCUGGACGUGGCCACGCUCACCUGGACUCACGUGCAGACGGUGUGCGAUCCUCCACAUGCGCGCACCUUCCACACGGCCAACCUCUACUCUAGCGGCCUCAAGCUCUAUCUGUUUGGCGGCAGACACAAGACGACCCACUUCAACGACCUCUACAUCUUCAAUGUGGACUCUCGUGUGUGGACCCCCGCCAUUACAACAGGGUCGCCAAUGAUUGGCCCGCUGGCCAACCAUGCCGCGGUGUUUGUCGACAAGAACCUUUAUAUAUUCGGUGGCAUGGAUGGCGGGCGCUGCUUCGACACACUCUGGAUACUGAACAUCGAGAGCAUGCAGUGGCAUUGUCCGCAUCUGGAGAACAAGCCACCCAUCAGGUUCAAGCACACACUGUCCGUCAGCGCCGAUGGCUCAACACUGAUUGUGAUUGGCGGUAUGGCCACUGCCCCGACCAGCUACGAUGACAUCCACUUCUUGCCAAUUGCUUCGCUCUAUCCUCAACUUCAACAGCAACAACAGCACAAGCAACAGAGUCCGCCAUCACAUGGACCCGCCCUCUCACUCUCACCCAACAUACUUAUGAGCUCGCCCAAGUCAUCCCAGUCUCCAUUGUUGUCGCCCAUUAUCAAUAACAACAACAACAAUGGACAACCUCCAGCAGCGGCAACAGUUGGAGGAUCAGAUUAUUCAAACGAUUCCAAUCAUCAAAAGUACAAACAGAUGCAGACUGAGCUCAAGAGACAGGCCGAAGAGAUACUCCAACUGUCCAUCAAGUAUGAACAUCUGUGCGGCAACAACCUGCACUCUCUAUCCUACCAAAUGUUGGACGAUCUAGGUCGUGCCUACAUGAAGGGUCUCAAGAAUGUCAAGAAUGCCCAGAUGGAACUUUAUGAAAGACUACAAGAGUCAAAGGAUGAGGCCGAACAGAAGAUAAGAUACUAUGAACAACAACAACAACAACCACAGUCAUCGCCACAACAACCAUUCCUCCUGCAACAGCCAUACUAUCAGUCGCCACCCCAACAGCCACUUCAUCAACACCAACAGCAACAACAACAACAACAACAAUAUCACCAACAACAAAGACAACAACAUAAUAACAACAACAACAGGAACAGUCCUGGCAACAACAAUAACAUCAAUAUCAACAACAACAACAAUAACAACAAUAAUGGUAGACAUAACUACAAUAAUGAUGGCAACAGAGGUGGCUCCAAUUUAAUUAGAAGGGUCAACUCUGCAGAGAAUGUACAACUGGACAACAACAACUUCAUGAUGCACCAACAGUUGCCACAACAGCAACAACAGCUGGUGCAACAACAACAACAACUUCAGCUGGCGCAACAACAACAACAGCAGCAACAGCCUCCUCCAAUGCAACAACUACAUUACAAACCAUUCAAGACAUCAAUCAACAAUAGCAACAGUAACAAGUACUACUCCAACAAGCCAAACAACAACAACAACAACAGCAACAACAAGGGUAACAAUGGACAGUACAUCGAGUGA